AUUUAUCUCUCUGUCUCGCAAGGUACCUUUCUUUUUAAGUGAAUCUUACAAAUCAACAACAGCGUUGUCUUUGUCGUCUCCCCGCUCCUAACUCCGCUGUUUCUACUUCUUCUUGCUCACACGCUUCCUCGCACGCUCACCACUUGCAUCCCAUUGCGUGUUCUGCUUCUCGUCGUAGUCAUGGCAUCGCCCCUGCGAUCCUCAUCGUGAUGAUUCUCUGCCUCCAUCCUCGGAUCCCUGUCUGCAUUUAUAUAUCUUCGCAAUUUCUCUCUGCACCCUGCUCUCCCUCAUUUUCUCACUUCCAUCCAUUCCCUCCUCGUUUUCUUCCGGGUGUGUUCUCCUAGUCCAAUGGGAGUCCUUGUGGCAGCUGGUUCUCUCCGCUGCAUCCCCGCUCUUCUCCGAUCCCGCCACUCUUCCAUCGUAGGCCUUGCCCUCCCUUCCGUGUCCCUGCCAUACAGGCACGCACCCUCAUGGCCGGCCCCUCUUGUUACCAUGGCCAAGUCCAAUUGGGCUCACCAUGCUUACCACCACGUCCAAUGCACUAUUGACAAAACACCCGCAGUGAUGCUGGCAUCUGGCGCAGCUGCUCUUGUCUUGAUUCACUCCUCGUCUGCGUCUGCAGUGUCAGAGACCUUCACGAUCACUUUUCCAGGAUCACAAAUUGGAGAGGUGAAUGCGGUCCAGAAGACCUUGGUUGAGGCCUGGGGAAUUGUGCGGGAAACAUAUGUGGAUCCUACUUUUAACGAUCAAGAUUGGGAUCUCAAGCUGCAAGAGGCGUUAGGGGAGACGCUCAGUGCAAAGACCUCAGAAGCUGCAUACGCUAAAAUUCGAAGUAUGCUUGCCACUUUGGGGGACCCUUUCACUAGAAUAGUCAACCCUCAGGAAUAUGCUAGUUUUCGUAUCAACAACGACGGUGCACUGGAGGGUGUAGGCCUGCUCAUUGGGUCUGACCGAGAUUCUGGCCGACUGGUUGUGUUGUCUCCUAUUGAGGGUGGUCCUGCUCAGCGAGCUGGGAUUGUCACUGGCGAUGAAUUAGUUCAAAUCGAUGAUGUAAAACUUGUAGGUAUGAACAAUGAGGAAGUGGCUACAAGGCUGCGGGGCCGUGCCGGUACAUUAGUUACUUUGAAAGUGCGCAGAGCUUAUUUUUGGCAGGGAAAUGGGUCAGCUAUAUCGACUGCUUCGGAGAUAACUCAGUUUACGCUGAAGCGCGAAACAAUACUGCUGUCCCCUGUAUACUCCGCGGUGAUUCAUCAUGUUGCGCUUAACGGUCAGGAGAUGAAGACAGGUUACGUUCGUCUAUCUUCCUUUUCGCAGAAUGCUGCAGUUGACAUGGAAAAAGCGGUCUCGGAAUUGGAGGAGUCCGGAGUAGAUUCGUACAUCCUUGACUUACGUAACAAUCCUGGUGGAUUAGUGAAAGCAGGCCUUGAUGUUGCUCAGAUGUGGCUAGAUGGAAACGAGACUCUGGUGAAUACCAUAGACCGGAACGGAUUCACACAGCCCAUUAAUUUAGUGAAUGGUCAUGCACUUACUCAUGAUCCCUUGGUAGUUUUGGUCAACGAAGGGAGUGCAAGUGCAAGUGAGAUACUAGCAGGAGCAUUACAUGACAAUGGGCGUGCAGUGCUUGUUGGAACAAAUACUUUUGGAAAGGGGAAAAUACAGAGUGUUACAGAAUUACAAGAUGGAUCAGCACUAUUUGUUACAGUGGCCAAAUAUUUGUCACCUGCACUUCACCAAAUUGAUCACAUUGGUAUUGCCCCAGAUGUGAAGUGCUUGCCGGAUGAAGUUUUACCAAUUUCAUCAUCGGGGGUUGGGACGUCUGUAGACCCCCUGGACAGUGACUCGUGUAUUUUAACGGCAGAACACCAAUUAGAUCUCCAUUGAGAUUCCAUUUAUUUGCUGACGUCACACCAACACUGUAAAGGUAUACGAAGGAGCUCAUGACAAUGUCCAAUACUCAGCAGAUUCUUUUUUCACAAUGGUGAGAAGAUUAUUUUGUCAUGCAAUUGAUCAGAUUGCUUUCUGGUAGAAUCAUGCAAUAAUGCAUUUGUACAUAGUCAUUCAUUUAUUUUAGUGGAAUUGAAUCAAUACCUUUCAUCUAGUGUGUCCACUCAGAUUUACUACUUUUCAUUACUUAUUACCAGACCUUGAUGCAAUGCUCAUUCCAGCCUCACAUGGCUUGUAAUCUAGAUAAUUCAAAUCAAAUAUACAUUGCACGUUCACUGCUGGCUUCACACAGUGUUGUGUUGGAAGUCUAAUUUUAACUAAAGUGACAGUGAAUGGUGUACAUGUAUUGUUCA